GCUCCUCCCCCCUUUCCCCCCGCCCGCCAGUCCGGCCACCCCGCGGGGAGAGAGGGGGGGGCAGGGAGCGCUUUGUCCCCGUGCAGCCGCCGCCGCCGCCCGUGGGACGCGAGGAGCCCGAGGCCCCCGCAGGCGCGCAACUUGGAAGCAGAGUCUCCGGAGUUUGGGGUGGGGCGGCUGGGGGGCGGCUGGCGAAAGGGAGCGGGAGGAGGAGGAAGGCGCAGCGACGACAAGGACCGAGAGGAGGAGAAGAGGGCGCCGGGCAGGGCAGGGCAGGGUGCCGGGGGACCCCGAGCGGCGGCGGACGAUGAACAAGCUCUACAUCGGCAACCUGAGCCCCGCAGUCACCGCCGACGACCUCCGGCAACUCUUUGGGGACAGGAAGCUGCCCCUGACCGGCCCCGUGCUGCUCAAGACCGGUUACGCUUUCGUGGACUAUCCGGACCAGAACUGGGCCAUCCGCGCCAUCGAGACCCUGUCGGGUAAAGUGGAAUUACAUGGGAAGGUCAUGGAAGUUGAUUAUUCCGUCCCUAAAAAACUGAGGAGCAGGAAACUUCAGAUCCGGAACAUCCCCCCGCAUCUGCAGUGGGAGGUACUAGACGGACUUCUGGCUCAGUAUGGGACAGUAGAGAACGUGGAACAAGUGGUGAGCACUGCCUCCCCCACCUCCCACACCCCCAGCCCGGCCGCCCCCUGUAACCCAGGCCCCCCUCCUGCCCGCAGAGCCAUCGAGAAGCUCAGCGGCCACCAGUUUGAGAACUACUCCUUCCGGAUCUCCUACAUCCCGGAUGAGGACGGGAACGCUCCUCCAAGGUCCCGCCGCGGGGACUACUCCUCCAGGGAGCAUGGCCACAGCCCGGGGGGCCCUGCCCAGGCCAAGCAGCUGGACUUCCCGCUCCGAAUCCUCGUCCCCACCCAGUUUGUGGGCGCCAUCAUAGGAAAGGAGGGCCUGACCAUUAAGAAUCUCACCAAGCAGACCCAGUCCAAGGUGGACAUCCACAGGAAGGAGAAUGCGGGCGCCUCGGAGAAGCCCGUGACCAUCCAUGCCAGCCCCGAGGGCGCCAGCGAGGCUUGUCGGAUGAUCCUGGAAAUAAUGCAGAAAGAAGCCGACGAGACCAAAGCAGUGGAGGAAAUCCCGCUGAAGAUCCUGGCCCACAACAGCCUGGUUGGGAGGCUGAUCGGCAAAGAAGGGCGGAACCUGAAGAAGAUCGAGCAGGACACGGGCACCAAGAUCACCAUCUCGCCUCUGCAGGAUCUGACCAUUUACAACCCAGAGAGAACCAUCACGGUCAAGGGGCCCAUCGAGGCCUGCUCCUCCGCCGAGGUGGAGAUCAUGAGGAAGCUCCGCGAGGCCUUCGAGAACGACAUGGCCACCGUGAACCAACAGGGCCACCUGAUCCCAGGACUGAACCUCAGCGCCCUCGGCAUCUUCUCCACGGGCCUGUCCAUGCUCCCUUCGGCCGCCGGGCCCCGGGGAGCCGCCGCCGCCUCCUACAACCCCUUCGCUAGUCCCUCCGCCUACCUCUCGGGCCUGUACGGAGCCCCCCAGAUCGGCGUUUUCCCACACCAGCACCCUGUGCCCGAGCAGGAGGUGGUGUAUCUGUUCAUCCCCACGCAAGCUGUUGGAGCCAUCAUUGGCAAGAAGGGCCACCACAUCAAGCAGCUGGCCAGGUUCGCUGGGGCCUCCAUCAAGAUUGCCCCCCCCGAAGGACCCGAGGCCAGUGAGAGGAUGGUCAUCAUCACCGGACCGCCUGAAGCCCAGUUCAAGGCCCAGGGGCGGAUCGGAAGUAAGGAGGGAAACUUUUUAACCCCAAGGAGGGGUCCCAAGGCCCACAUUCGGUGCCUCCCACCGCCGCCGCGGGAUUGGCAAGGGGGCAAGACGGGAGUCUGCUCGGGGCCCUGGGCCCCGGGGGUGCCAGCGGAUGCCAGGCCCGUGGACGCCAUGCCCGCAGUGGGCCCGUCUGGGACCUCCCCAGCUGGAGGAAGCCGGAAGUACUGCCCCACCGACGCCCCAAGGAACGACGAGGGAUCCCAAGAAUUUCCCCUUUUUGCCAGCCAGACGGCCCAGCGCAAGAUCAGGGAGAUCGUGCAGCAGGCGAAGCAGCAGGAGCAGAAGCAUCCUCAGGGAGCCGGGCCCUCAGCGCCGGCACCGCAGCGUGCCAAGUGAGCAGCUGCCCCGGGCGCGCGCCGGCCAAGCCACCCCAGAUGAAUGUAGCCCUUCCCGUGCCGGACAGAACGAGACCCAACCCAGAGGGACCGGGGAGCGAACCAAAGACCAUCCUGAGGAACGGCGCAGCCGCCCCCGUCGGAACGGGGCAGAAACCUUGAUCAAGCUGGCCCCGGGAUAAGGUGGGAUCAGGCGCCCGGGAUCAUCCCGAGACUGGACCCAGACGUGCCCGAGCACCCCUUUUGGCCCUCCCCCCAAACACGCGCACACGCACACACACAUACGCAAGCGCACCGGGCAGGGCCCUGGCCCAGCUGCCCCCGGGGUUCCUGCCAGCUUCACCCCCUUUGCCCAUCCGAUCGAACUCCCUGACUCGGUCCCUUAAGUUGGACUAACACAGACGGCCGCGUUCACGACGAGGCUCACGCUCGCCCGGUUUGGGGGAGAAACGGUUGGUUCUGUAUGUCCCGUGUCCCCCCCCACGGGGCCGAGAAGGAUUUGUCUAACGGGCGCUGCCCGGCGUGCCCACGGCAUUAAUACAUUGUAGAAACGCUAUCUAUAUCUCUCCAUAACUCAACUAACUCGAAUUUAAGAAGAAAUGAUUAACUUUUUUGUUUCCUUUGGAAGAGAAAGCCGGCUUCUGGAGUCGGACGGCCAGCACAGAAACCGUGGGGGUGGGGGAGGGGGCUUGGCCAGGCAAGGUACUAAGCGCCCGGCACAGCCGGGGCGCGCCGACACAAGGGAUCCACUCCCUUCGUCUGUAUCCGGCUCACGUGUUCUUUCCUCCUUUUGCUUCACAGGUUCUAAAGUGGUUUUGCAUACAGCCAUGUCAUUUUGUCCCUGGCCCAGCUGUGCAGGCCCUCCUCCCCUUUCCCUGCAGUCUCUCUUCCUCCUCCUCCUCUCUCCACACCCACAGGCAAAGCAGUGCUCAGAGUAACACAUCAGAGACCCAGAAAUCUCAGACAGCCACAACUUCCAUUUAGGCCAUUGAAUAGGAAACAAGCUCCAUGGUACUUGUCCCGGGGAUCCUCAAAAAGGAAAAAAAAAUCCCACUCAGAAAAUACAACAACUCGCGUCUUUUUUACAUGUUCCUUUAGGCCGGAGCCAUCCGUGCGUGGGGAAGUGAUUUUCUUUCUUACAAACAAAUCAAAAAACAAGUGGGGAAGAAAACAAGAAAAUUGUCAGAAGUGGUUGGCCCAGGGCAUAGAAAUUGCAAAUUGAAAAAGAGAAAAACAAAUUUUUUUCAAAGAAAAAAACAAAAAAAAAAAUCUACCUCAGGUGUUAUUGUACCUCAGCACCUUGAUCCUCCUGUCUCCCUUUUAGAGAUUUUGUAUGCCUUGUAAACUGAGAGUUGGAGCACUUUUUUUUUUUUAUUUUUUUAAUAAAAUCAAGUUGGAAAAAAACUAGCUGCCAUCUGGGAGGUGAGAUCCAGGUGUGUGCCAACCAUUCUCAGCUGGCCUCAGCCUUCCCGAGGGCAGGCCUUGAAAACGUUUAUUGUAGGGGAAAAAAAAUCAAUUAGAAAAAAAAAGCAGGGAAAAAAAGGAUUGGCAAGGCCCGAGUGUUCUUGGGGAAUGGGCCACAAAGGUUUUCCGCGCUCAAGGAACAACAUGUUACUGGUUUGUGUGAAAUUGCCAAAGUGCCAACAGACUGCAAUGCCAGUUUCCUCUACUGCAAAGUGUUCUGUGAAAAAAAACCAAAAACACCAAAAAAAAAAAAAAAAAAAAAAAAAAAAACCCAGCAAAAACCAAGAAAUAUAUCCAGCUAACAAGA